AUGUCGUCAGGAAACUCGUUCGUUCGCCAGGCGAUUUCGCGGUUUGACGAAACGAAACUGGAAGAAUCGCCCAAGUCCUUCACUCCGUUCCCGCGAACCGUCGCACAGGCCUCACCGAGAACCGUCGCACAGGCUUCGCCGCGACCCGUCGCACAGCCUUGGCCGAAACCCGUGGCGGAACCCUGGCCCAAAUCCGUGGCGUCGUCGCCUCCGGUAGCGUCUCCCCCGUUGGCGACGCCUCCGUCGUCAUCGUCCUCCAAGAACGUCGUCAAGACGGUUCCCAAGUCCUUCCCCAAGGACCCCACCGAAAUCACCCGCAAUAUGAACGACGCGCAGGCCCGUACGCUCUUGCGAGAUAUGGUGCGUGAUUUGUUGGGGGAAGUGGACAUUCUGCGUCAACGUUUGGCCGAAACCGAAACCAAGUUGCGCGAAUCGCGGGCCGAAGUCAAGCAACUCGAUUUGAGUGCCGCCUUUAACGUACAGACUCUCAACCAGACUUCCUCAGGAACGAAUUCCGCACCGCGCGUGGCGGAUCCCCACGAUGCGGCACGCACGGAAGCCUUGAUUGAAGCCUUGCGCAACGCCACCAAGACCACCGAUAUACCCGAACUCUCGGCGCAGGACGUCUCCAGUGAGGAAGCCACCGAACUCGUCAUACACUCGUUGCUGGAAAACGUCCGGAGAACCGCACAAGACAACGAAUCCCUCACCAAGAAAAACGAUGCACUGCAGGAUAAGGUCUGGGAUCUCACGGCGGAAAACGAAGUACACGAACUCAAAAUUGCCGCUCUUGAAACACACUUCAAGACCAUCAACAAGAGUCGCCAAGGUAUCGUCACCAGACUCACCAACAAGUCCAAACAGGGAUUGGCCAACGGAUCACCCACGGCGGCGGGAACAAGUGCCGCCAAACGUUCCUAA